AUGAUAAAGUAUAAAAAACGAACACUCCCUGUUCUUGGUGGGACCAUUCUCAUUUUAACUCUCCAGCGACGAAAAGUCAACGCAGAGACUGUAUGGUGUGACAUUUCUGAUCAUGAUGGCCGCUGCCCAUUAAACCAGUCGCCUAGCUGUGAGCAAGACGCAAUCGAUAUGGAUUCCGAGAAGUACCAAGCCAACCUCUCUAACAUCAUCGCUGGCGGUUUUGUCACCUCAGCUCUUGUCAUUGGGAGGGAGUUGGGUUUAUUUGACGCCUUCCGAAAACUUACAAAACCUGCUUCGUGCAAAGAACUGGCCGAUCGUUGCGAUCUGAAGGAAAGAUAUGUACGAGAAUGGUUAGGAUGCAUGGUAGCUAGCAGUAUCGUUGCAUUAGAUGAUGCCGACAAUUUCUUCAUCCCAGACAAUUGCAAGCCUCUCCUUGCUAACAUAGAGGUUGUUGCUCUCUACCCUGUGGUUAAUGAGUUGUUGAAAAAGACGAUGGAAUGCUUUCGAAAGGAUGGUCCAUCUGGAUACAGAUAUGAAGACAUGCCUAAGGAAUUGCCGGACGCCAUGGAUGCAAGGUUGGGUGACGGAGAAGGUGUAUUGCAGGCCUUGUUACCUCCGGUGUUAGACAUAAAAGGAUCUGCUGUAACAAACAUCCUCGACGUAGGUUCAGGAGCGGGAGUGUUGACCAGAGCACUUUGUAAACGUUUCCCUGACUCUGCAGUCUACGGUAUCGACUCGUGCGGAGAUUCCAUUGACAAAGCUAAAGCUAAUACAGAAAGUAACAUUAAUGUUACGUUUGUGAAGGCAUCUGUUGACAGCCUGCCCAGCGAUUGGACCAAUAAAUUUGAUUGGGUGAUUAUUUUCGAUGUUCUUCACGACCUCCCACGUCCCGAGGAGAGCAUGCGCGAGGUAUUGCGUGUGAUGAAAGACGAUGGAGUUAUUUCAAUAUCUGAUCCGAACGUACACAGCAACGUUAGAGAUAACGUUGGGGAUUUCAUGAUUUCCGGCAUAGCUUUGUCUAUUAGCUCAGUUAUCUGUCUCCCUAGUAGUAUGUCGUCAGAGGGCGCUGGCAAUGGAAUUGGUUGGGGUUUAGAGAACAGACUAAAUUUUAUAACAAAAGCCGGUUUAAGCGUGAAGGAUACUCACACCUUUGGUUUUUCUUGUAAUCUUACCUGCGUGAAAUCUAAUUAA